AUGAAACCCCCUGAAAGUUUUAAUGAAAUCUCUCGUCUUGAUGCUGUGUCAAAUUAUUUGAAUCUACCACAAUGGCAGAACAUUCACUACUUUACCAAGGUUAUCAAGAGUUUGAGACGGAACUUGAAAGUUGAUGGGGUGUCAGUAUCGGUGGUUGACAACUAUCAGUGCCACUUGAAACAUAAAACAAUGUUGGAUACAAGCAUUAUUCCACGGUCAAUUGCAAUUGACGCACAUGCUAUUCUAUCAAAGGGAUUCUUUUGCCUUUUGGAUGCUUCAAAAGACUGGAGAACAAGCUCAAACCCAAUUGUUGCCGGACCGCCGUAUGUGAAGUUUUACUGUGCUGUCCCACUCAUUGCUGAUAACAAGGAAGUUAUUGGAGUUCUUGCAAUCUUUGACCAACAUCCCAAGGACAUGUUUUGUAGAGAGCACCAAAAUAUGCUAAAAAACGUUAGCAGGGAUAUCAUGAUUCAACUCAGAAGGCCCUGGAAACCAUCGUCUGGUUUUGCAACAUACUUAGACCGGAUAGCAGAAAAUAUUGUACGAGGUGGUUAUUGGGACAAGAGGAGAGCAUUGAAAGAACAAAAGUUUGCGAUUGGAAAAACUUCAAGUAGCAGCAACUAUAAUCCUACUUUUGGUACUCAAAAUAAAGGUUUGGGUAACCCAUGUAGUCAAAGUCAAAGUCAAAGUCAAAGUCAAAAUCGAAAUCUAAAUCUAAAUCUAAAUCCCAUGCUCACCCCAUUCGAUUCGCAUGAAACAGAGGAGAUUUGUAAGAUAAAUUUAAAAAAUAAAUUACAAGAUGAUCUGUGUAUGCCUUUUCUUAGUACGGGGGGCAAUCAGUUACUCGUAACUCCUUCAACUCAGAUACUGGAUAAACAACUUUGGCAGCUUUUAUUCUCAAUGGGCUCUCUUGAAAGGGCGGCAUCUUGUUUGGUUGAAAUAAUUGCCAGAAAAUUUGAAUUUGAUUUCGUCUACGUUUUGGAAGUUUCCAUAGCUGACCCAUGCUGUGUUCCUAAAGUAUGUUUUCCUCCAAAGCGGGAUAAGAUCGAUCUUGAACUGUUUUAUUGUGCUUCAAAACUCAAUAGACCACAAGAUGCCCAGAUUGAGUUUGCUUCACGUGAGAUAAGCUCGUAUUUGACCACGAGAAGCUCUCUUACUCGGGAAAACAUAUACAAUGAAAGUUCGUUUAACAAGUUUUAUGAAAAUUCUAUACACUACAAAGCAUUCAUCUCUGAAUUUGGCUUGGAGUACAAAAAUGAAAAACAAAAUUCAUUUCUCAAUCACGGACUUAUGAUGCCAUUCUUCCGCCAUGGAUCGAAAUUGGUGAAUCGGAACACUCCAGUUAUUGAAAAUAAUGAGUCAAACCUCGUUGAUUUGUACUUGAGGAGCGGAGGUUUCAUUUUAGCUAUGUUUUCGGAAAACAUGAAAGUAAUCGAUGCUAAGAAAAUAUCUUCUAUCUUUAAUUAUGCAUGCAUCUAUAGGAAAAUUUAUAUUGCUAAUUAG